CUAUACAAUCUGAUUGGUGCUGAAAUGUAUUACGUAAGCAGUCUGCAAUCUGAUUGGUGCUGCAUGAUUUUCUGCAGCAGAACGAAUGCUAGAUAGGGCUGAAACCUGUCCCCCCAUUUUAUGGCUGGGGACGGGCAUGCCUAGUCGGGCGCCGCCGCCCUCUACCGUUUCCCGGAAGGAGGUCGGGCCUAUCCACAGUUUUGUUCUGUUGUUGGAAUUCCAACUGUGAUGGACUAAUGAGAAAAAAAGUAUGUACAGAUCUAAUGGAAUGUACAUAUCUAUAUUUAUAGACUAGAAUGUGGAUCAGUGGCGGAUCCAAGGGGGGAUCCCAGGGUGCCAUGGAUCCCCCCUUUCAAACUAAGCUAUUGUGGCUUUACUACAGCUACCAGCUAGCUAUUUAUCAGUAUUGUAGCUAUUUAUCAGUAUUGUAGCUUGAUUCAAUGAUUGUACCUGUUGUUCUGAUGCAUCAACUGCCAAGGAGUGUUCAGGUUAGCCUAGGUUAGCUAGUUGACUGUUCGUGGCAGAGCUAGCUAGCUCUACGCAAGUUUAUUAUGGGACUUCCCCUGGGAUUUUACCUAGUCACGUGUGACCGGAAGUGGGCGUAACCCCAAAAAAUUUCGCGCUGCGCGCGACUUUCACUACUCACGCUGUGCACUCGUAGUUUGGAACCCCCCUUUCAUAUUUCCUGGAUCCGCCACUGUGGAUCUCAGAUAAGUCUGAGUCACAUGUGUUUUUUGUCAGUUCUCUCAAUUUAUUGAUUUUGAUCAUGAGAGUUCUCAACGAUAGACACUUAAAAUAUAGGCUGUUGCUAGUCUAGCCUAUCAGUCUAUCACAUUUGGUGGCAGCGGUUUUGGAAGCAAGAAGCUCCAGUGAAACUACGAGAUCGAGACUAUAUGACUGAACAAAGCCAGUGGACAGCAAGCACCUUGAGAUCUGGAAAGACUUACAAGCAAGCAAAUAAACUAGAAGAUAUGACAUCAGAAGAUGAUCAUGCCGAAAGGCCAGACCCAAUGGCAGAGAUGCUACAAUUGUUGAUGGAAGACCGCAUGCAGAAGACACGAUGAAGAAGUUGCGGAGGAGAGAAGGCAGCGUGCCGAGGAACAAAUCUGUGAUAAAGAAUGAAGGCUGUACGAAGACGAAAGGCGAGAAAUUGAGAGUCAAAGACAGAUGGAACUGUUUCAAGGACUGCUCACAGGAAUACACAAACAAGGAGAAUCUGCAGAACGGCGGGCAGAGAAAGAUAGAGAUGUAUAGCUGACCAAGCUAGCAGAAACCGACGAUAUAGAGGCGUAUACCUUACAACUUUUGAAAGGAUGAUGACCUCAUAUGAAAUUCCAGCUGACCGAUGGGUGUACAAGCUAGCUGACUGGACAGGCGCAGAAAGCCUAUGCUGCAAUGCCUACAGACGAAGCAAUCGACUACGAAACAGUGAAAAAAACGAUUUUGAUACGAUACGAUAUCACGAAAGAAAGUUAUCGACAUCGAUUCCGAACCGCAACACGAAAAACGGGCGAGAGCAGUCGAGAACUGGCUACUCGACUCAAUGACCUGGCGAGCAAAUGGCUGCAGGAAUGUAAAACCGUAUACGAAAUUCGAGAUUUAAUUGUAAUGGAACAAGUGAUCGAUACGUUACCGUUGGAGGUACGGGUUUUUGUCAAAGAAAGACAACCCUGCACGAGCGCUGAAGCAGCAAAACUUGCUGACGACUAUUGGCAAGCAAGGAAACCAUCACUCGGAAGGCGAAUGGAGUCUAAUAGACCACAAGCUGGUCUAAAAUUUUGCCAUACAUGUGGGAAGCAAGGACAUUUGUCGAAAGACUGUAGAAACAAAACACCGGGGAAACCCGACUGGAAACCCCAAAACAGUGGAAACAGUGGAGUCAAGAAAGACCUCAAAGACAUAGAAUGUUUUAAUUGCCAUAAGAAAGGCCACUACUCCUCGAACUGUCCCGAGCGAGCAGGAGCACUGUUCUGUACAGAGAGGCGAAUAGAUUACCAAGGACAAUCAAAUACAAAGAAAACAGAAGUCCAAGCCAAACCUAGUGUCGUAAAAACUGGCUCAGUUGAAGGAAAGAAAGUGGAUAAUAUCCUAUUAGACACAGGAUGCUCAAGAACUCUCAUUCGAAAGGACCUAGUUCCUCAGCAUAAGCUACUACACGGAGAAGUAGUUGCAAUUCGUUGUGCACACGGAGAUACAGUACUGUACCCCCUAGCAGAAGUCGAUUUGGAGGUGGAGGGAUACCUAAUUUAUGUGGAAGCAGCCAUCUCGGAUACACUCCCUAUGCCCAUACUCCUGGGCACAGAUGUACCCGAACUCACGGCGAUACUUAGAGGUGAUCCAACCACGAAGAAAGUGGUGCCUCAGCAGGCAUUGGCCGUGGUGACGAGAGCAAGUGCCAUAAAGCAGCGAGAAGAAGAGGAAAUGACUGCCCAAAAAGAAAAAGAGUCGGGCGCCCAUUCAAAAACACUUGAAGUUGAGAUGCAAUUGCCAGUCAAGGAAACUGUAGACAGCGAGAGUGAGUCAAAAGUACAUUAUUUGGAAACUGUAGACAGCGAGAGUGAGUCCCAAAAAGAAGUACAAAACUUGGAAACUAUUGGCAACGAGAACCUAAGUGACGUGCCCUUUCAAGAUUUGGAGGAUGAACUGUUUGUCCCAAGUCGAAACAGAGAGACCUUCACAAGAAAGGAGAAAUGCCAACAGCGAGCAAAACAUUUCGAAAAAUGCAAAAAUAUGCAGUCGGAAUUGCACCCAUUGGACAUUUCACUCUCUAAAUUCAAAGAAUUGCAGCAAAGGAUGAUACCUUAAAACAGUGUGUCGAGGCAGCGGAAGGCAGCCCAUCAACAGCAGGGGUAGGGUUCUAUCAAAAUGAUGGCCUACUCUUUCGCAGGUGGAUACCCCCCAAACAAGGGGCGGACGGAGUGGAAGUGGAGCAACUGGUACUCUCAAGGCAUUGCCGAGAAGAAGUACUGAAAUUGGCCCACAGCGUACCUUUAGCAGGCCACAUGGGCAAAGAGAAGACUGCAAGGAGAAUUCUGCAACGAUUUUACUGGCCUACCUUAUAUCAAGAUGUAGCGAUGUCUCACAUGCCAAAAAUCUACACAAAGCAGAACCAAACGAGCACCGCUCAUCCCACUCCCAACUAUUCAGGAGCCCUUCAAGAGAAUAGCGAUGGACAUUGUUGGUCCACUCCCAAGAAGCAAUUCGGGCAAACGCUAUAUUUUGGUUAUAUGUGAUUACGCGACCCGAUACCCUGAGGCUAUACCACUCAAAAGCAUCGAUGCCCCACACAUAGCCGAACAGCUGAUGACACUGUUCUCACGAGUUGGAAUACCAGAGGAAUAUGUUCACACUUUCGCAUUUGUCAGUCUGCCAAGCUUCUCGGACGAUAUCGAGUGGUCCGCGAACACUUCGGCCAUACAGUAGCUCGAAUGGAGAAAAGCCUGUGGACGAUUGUGGUACUUCACGAUAUGCAAAUAGUAAAUAUGGGAUUACUUUGUCCCAGUCUUUCCUUCAUCCUUUGUUGCCUUUCUGAGCAUUCUUUUCAAAGUUUAAUUAAAUCUUUCUACUACAUUGUAGGCCAUCAGUUUGGGGAUGGUAUGGUGUGGUACGAAUGGGGUGUACAUGGAGCAUCCGAUAAAUCUCCGUUAGAAGUGUUGAAGUACAAUUACUUCCUUGGUUUCUCCUACAUCAUGAAGAUGCGAGAUCGACUCGAACGAGCGACACAAGUGGUAAAAAUGA